CCCUGGACGCAGCCAGGAACCUCUUGGGCUCCUACCACACUGCUGUGGCGGCCACCAAGAAGCAGAUCCCGGUGUCACCCCUGCAAGGGUCCCAGCAGCACCCCAAUGCCAAGGGACAGCCCACCUUCGGCUUCACCGUGCAGUGGCAGUUUGCAGACUCCACCACUGCCUUUGUGGGCCAGUGCUUUGUGGACCGCCGAGGGAAGGAGACACUGGAGACUAUGUGGCUCCUGCGGGAAGAGGUCCCAUCCCGCAGGGACACCUGGAAAGCCACGAGGGUUGGCACUUCCGUCUUCACCCACGUCAAGUGA